AUGGAUAUUUUGAAAAUUUUCUCUUUCAGAUGUGACGAUGACUUGGAGUGUUGUGGGCGCACCUGUUGUAUACCCGAAGCGGCUACUAUUCCUUUAUGGUUGAUGAUUAUCUUUAUUAUUCUGGCUGCAGUAUUGUUAUUAGCAAUUCUUGGCACUCUCGCUUGGCUUCUAAUGAAACGAAGGAAACCGAAACCAAAGAAAGCUGGAUUUGUGAACGAUUCAUCAUCACAGCGAGUGUCAAAAGGCUACUCAGCGUUGCAAUCACAACGAUAUGGUGGAAGUGGACGUGAUUCCGACGAUCGAGGAUUGCUUGCACAUGAGCAGGAGACCUACAGUACUCCGGAUCAUCUCUAUGGUGGCUAUGGUAGCCGCUCUUACAGCCAUAGUGAUAGUCAUCGAGGAUAUCCGCCACGUCGAGACGGCUAUGGCAACAAUAUGUACCAUGGCGAUAGUGGUUAUGGCCCUGGUAGUGGAGGUCUUAAUAUUGAUCGAGGGGGUGGCAGUGUUACACGAGACAUCGCAAUUCGUGACGCUCGUCGUGAUUUUGCACGACCGCCUGGCGACCGCUCGCGUGACUUAGGUGGUUCACGCGUUACUGUGUCAAGCGAUGGCAAUGGAUCUAUGGUACGCCAUGGCAUGCAUGAGACAGUUGAAGAGAGUUUCAAACAGGAAAUUACCUAUGAAAGACCUGCAUCUACUGAUUCUCGAGAAAUGUUGUGA